AUGGGGACCAAAGGUCUUUACUUUGUCCGCUGUCAUGGCAGAUACUUCGUCUAUUAUAAUCAGUAUGACAGCUAUCCCGAGGGCCUCGGUGACGCUAUCUUCAAUCGAGACGUUUACGCACGUCUGGUGAAGCAGCUUGAAACCCAGGUUUUCCCCAUCACUGCCCAGACCAGUGAGGAAGAAGACUCUCCCGUCGCGCUGAGAGAACGGUUUGAGGGCAGUUUCCUCGCUGUUGACGACCAGCUUGAGCUCCCCCCUCUUCAAACAAUCCUACCCGAGUUGAAUUCGUGGCUUAUUGAAUGGACCUACACCCUCGACUUUGACCGUGAGGUCCUAACUGUGGAUCACUCUUUGCACUUCAAUCUUUCCAAAAUCUCGCGUGACAAAGAAUGGAUCAAGUAUUUGAAGGUAGACCGUCGGCAUCGUCGCGCUGCUAGUGAUUCUACACCUGCUGGGCUGGUUGCCAAGCUCGCCUGGAAGCCAGAAGCUCACAGCAACCCUAGUGACACGGCUUGUCAGCUCGAUAUUCAGGUGGUCUCUCCAGAGGCCUUCUAUGACCGGCAAGAAGUGACGUCUCCGCGCGAACUCUUGCUGGGCUCCAUCUUUACGGCCAUGCACAAUACAUACCGGGAAACCCUAGAUGGCUCUGUUUUGGAGUGGGAUCCAAGUUGCUUUUCCUUUAGAGAGAUGGCGUUUGCUGUACUUUCUAUUGCCUCGGGUGCACUAUCCUUUGAGUUCUAUGGUACUCUUGACUCAAAUCACAAAGAAGACGGCUACUUCUUGAAGCAUGACAGUGACUCCACUGGAUUAUAUGCGUCAGAUGCUCCGCCAACCGUCAUUCCACGGCUCCUGUAUGAGUCUCAUCUACCAGGAGUCGAGCCCGGAUCAGCACCCAAAGGCAGAACUUACUGGUUCAGAGACGUCCUCGUAUAUCUGACUUCCAGGCUUGACUUAAUCGAGGUUGAAGAGUCAGCGGUUGCUGAAGCUGUGAGGACUGGUUUUGAACAGGGCCUCAAGCACUUCUACGCCAUAGUCUUCUCAAUUUUAGACGUGGUGCUGCUUCGUGUUCAAGAGGACGCAUGCGGUCGUGCUCACGUGUAUAGAUCCGGUCUGAUGACAUUGUUCCAAUUUGACGACAAGAACUCGCGAUUUGUGAACGGUCCUCGCACAAGAGCACGUUCCACUCAUAAGAAAGAAGAGUCUUCUAGCUCGGCAGAGGGCCUUCCUAGUCUUCAAAUCCCAGAGGGUACUGAUAUUGAGCCUGAGAACAUUUCUAGCGCCCUGCAAGAAGAGGUUGACAAUAUUGAGCCCGAAGGAGCUGCUGUCAAUGACACACAAGAAGAAUCCCAGCUUGAACACUCGGUCAGCGGCUUGAACUCGUCGAAUGACAUGACAAUUCACGAGGACGCUACUUUUGACCCUCCACAUCCGAUCAUGAAGACAACCUCUGCUUUUAGUAUAGUUUCACGCUUCUUCAGUGCAGCAACCUCCCGAAAUUCCGCCGGUGCAAGCUCGGGCAUCUUUCCUAAUGAGGUUCUGGAGAACAUCAUGCAAUACACCGAUGCACAAACCUACCACAGACUCGCUGCAGUGUCGGCUUACUGUCAUAAAAUAAGUACCCGCGAAUUUCGUUUGGAUGAUGAGUAUACGGUGGUCGGUUUCGACUCUCAUAAAGGGAAGUUUGCCUUGAAAAACUUGCAUUCUGGGGAGACUGUUCUCUCGAGAAUUGAUACACAUAGCCAAAGAAGCGAAGAUUCAAGCUUAUGUCCGGUGAUUGGGAUGGUAGGUUCCACCAGACGGAGCAUGCUAGACUCUGUGGGCCUGUACUUUCGUGAAGAAAUUCCGGAGCAUCCCCGCUACACGAAGAAGAUAGCUAUGCCCAGGCAGAAGGGUUAUUACUUCAGCCACAACCGGCAUUGCCCAGGGCCUAACCACUUAAUCAAUAUUCCCGAUCAUAUGUACGUCGGGUCUAUCGAAGAUGGCUGGGGCAGGUACAUCACGGGCUUAAUACAAGGCAGUAACGGCAGUGAGCCUUAUCAAUUCAUCAACUACGCCUACUUACAGAGGGCAAAGUUUCCUUGCCUUUUCCCCCCCAGGCUCCGCGAACUGAACAUGGAACAGUUCAAUUGCUAUGGUCUUCACUGUUAUAUUCGUCAUGUGCGUGAUGAGACCCCUGGAGAAUGGGACAUAACAAUGAAGCAUGCUGUGCGCCAGCUUCACAUCCACGAAAUGUCGAGUUCAGCGGAUAAUGCUAGAGUUCGAGGGCGUCCCGUGAUUGUGGCCUUUUCCACCAAACUCAGGUUCUUCUUUUACGUCCAUCAUUCCAUGAAGAUUCAUAUACUUGCCCAGAAUGCUCGUGCGCGCUGCGUGGAGAUCGCCUCGCGGUGCACAGAGCCCGAGCCCGAGCGUCGUCUUGUCCCUCUUAUUGCCCAGGGUGAAACUUUUGAUCUGGCUGACAAGGAAUUGAGAAAUGAGCUUGAGGACUGGGUUACGUUCUUCUGCGGUCGAGAAGGCCUGAUCUCUGAUUGCGAUCCCUUCCCCGAAGAACAGCAGCCCCCUAUCACGGACCCGGACUUGCAAGUCUGAGCGCAUUGUGCAGGCCCCUCUUGGCUUCCUCUAUGAGCACGACUGCAACGCCUGGAUUUUGUGUGAGCACUUGCUAAGAUCUG